AUGAAACGAAAGCAUUUCGUCUGGAAAUUAGAGAAGUUCAAGGGAUUCGACCGCCCGAAAAUCGAACUUGAGCAGUACGAAACGGACGCUGAGAUGGCUGUAGAUAUAAUUGAAGCAAUUAGUGAGAUUGAAGAUGAAAUUGGAGGCAUGAGGAUCGCUGAUUUUGGUUGUGGACCGGGAAUCCUUAUGGGUGGGAUGGCGUUAAUGGGAGCGAAGGAGUGUGUUGGAUUCGAAAUUGAUCCUCAAGUAAUUCAAGUAUGCGAAUCCAACUUGGCAGCCUUGGAGGGUGAUUUAGAUCCAGAUCAGGUUGUCCAAGUGAGGAAUGAGGAUGUACGUUUCGCUGAAUUAACAGUAUUUCUCAUUUAGAGGUCCAAAAGUUAAUCAAGCUCUUUUUUAGAUCUUGUCAGAAACUUUCAAGGUUGCAGAAGAUAAAUUAUUCGACCUAAUUGUUAUGAAUCCUCCGUUCGGCACUAAAAACAACGAAGGGAUUGAUCUGAGGUUUGUGAAGAAAGCCGUGGAGAGUGUGAAAAUUAAUGGGUCUGUCUAUUCUCUUCACAAAUCGUCCACUCGAGAGGGAAUUCAGCGACGAAUAAAGGCAUGGGAGGAGCUUCAAGUUAAGUUUGAAGCCGUCGCCGAAUUGAACUGGAAUCUACCGAAGACCUACAAGUUCCAUAAGAAAAUGGACAAAGACAUUCAGGUGGAUUUGUUGAGAUUCACAAGGAUAUUAGAGGACGAAGAGUCGUAA